AUGGGUGUUAAGGUCAAGUCUGGAAAGAAAUUGAAGGUGUCAGCUGGCGCUGACAAUAUCAAGACGACGUUUGAGCGCAAGCUUACACCUAAGAAACGCUGGAUACAACUAUGGAGUGCUCAAUUGGAUGAUGAUAACAGUAAAGAGAAGGAUUCUGGUAGUGCGUCGGAGGGUGUCGAGAAGGAGGCAGAGAAGAACGAGGCGACUAUUCCGUCGACCGUCGCCACGUCGCCCGUUUCAGACGGUAAUCUGAGUGACAGUGUACCCUGCAGAGCUGCAACAGUGACUAUAGCUAAGAAAGAAGAGGAACAAAGUAUGUCAGAACAGCCAAUUGAUGUGCCGACGGCGAUGCCACUGGUCCCUCUUCCUGUUGAACAAAAAGCUGAGAGAGCAGUUCCUGUCUCGGUUUCAACUAAUGCACAGGAACAAUUAGUAGAGACACUGAAGGUGUCGACAACAGUGACAGCAAUGACGACGAUGACCACGGGAGAUGACGUGAGUGCAAUGGCCUCUUCCACAUCAUUGGAAUUGCGUGUGAAGACUCCGCUCAACAACGAGUCGUCACACUUAUCGCCUCCAUUGGAGAGAAACAGCCCCACUACAACAGCAUCAAUCAGCCCGUCUACAAAGGUUAAGGAUAGUGACAUGCCAAACAGCAACACCGCAGCAGCAGCAUCCAAGUUUUCACCUGCUGCAACAGAACAGGGAAAUCUUGUUAUGAAGGCAAAAGAGGAUUUACCUGCAAAAGAGUUUGUUGCUUCUGAGCUUGAGAGGGUGAGUAGCAGCAGUAGCAAUAGUGUGAGCAGGGGAGAUAACAGCUACAGGAGGGAGAUAUCAGAUCACCAUAUUGACCGUGAUAGAAAAUGCAGCUUGGAGCGUACUGAGUCGCCAAUGUCGGAGGAGGCAAAGCGGCGCGCAGAGCGGCGAAGGAAGCGAAAGUCGAAUUGGGAUGUAGGUGAUCCCCGUAAAGGAGGAAGUCCUGUCGCAGAUCCUCCAAUCAGUGCCGCCGCAGCUGCAGCUAAUCAACAGUCGUUUGCGAAGUACCCGCCUAAUCGUCCAUCUUGGCGUCAUAGCCAAAGCAUGAUGGACAUAAAGCCACAUUUUCCGACUGGCCACCGGUCCUCGAGCUUUUAUAACAAUGGAUCGAGUUCAGGAGGAAGGCGGGGAUUUUAUCACAUGAGUUCGCUACCUCAAGAUCGUUCCCGGAGUGCAGGACGCUCGUCAUCGCGUUAUAGCUACGGAAACAGCAGCAGCGGCGGCAGUAACUACCGGUGA